AUGGUCCACGAAGGAUUUCUGGCAGCUUUGUUUGCAGGUAGUGCACACAAGCUUAAAAAACUCAUUCUGAGUCGUUCUCAAGUCAAAUCUGCGAGCAUACAAGCCGUUCAGAAAGCACUGGAGCAUGGUGAAUGCCAAAUCCAACACCUGAACUUGGCUGGUGUUUACAGAGAUUCAAAUAUCACCCCGAUUGCAAAGGCACUGGAGGUGAACACUUCGCUGAAGGAACUCAUUCUAUCCUGCAAUUCUUAUUUACUCGAUGACGGCGCGGAUGCCCUUGCAAACGCCCUCCGCGUCAACUCAACGCUCGAAUCGAUCAACUUUUGCGAUGCGGAUAUUGAUGUUGAAAUGACAUUUUCGACAAACGGAUGGAAACUAUUCUCGAAGGGACUGAAGGAAGCAAAAAGCAUUCAACGUCUUGAUAUAUCGGAUAAUAAUUUCACGGUGGAAGGUAUGCAGUAUCUCCUGGAUGGGCUAAGAGAGAAUGGAAGCAUCACUGAUAUUACAAUGCAAGACAUUGGAGUCGAUCCAGAGGGAUUUGAUCUCAUUGGAGAUCUCAUUCGGACUCGAAGCUUCAAGUAUUUGAAUAUAUCUAACAUGUCCAAGUCCAUGGGCAUUUACAUGGCCUACCAGGGUCUGUCGGACCGUUUCCUUGGGUCCGUUGCCCACUCCAUCAAUGGCAACACUGGUAUGGAAGUCUUGAAAGCUUCCCAUAUCAAUAUGGAGGGACCAAAUGGGCUAACACCAAUCAUCAGUUCACUUGCAAAUAAUACGACUCUUCGAGAACUGGAUAUUUCAGGAAUUCGGCAGGAUCAUCUAUUGAGGGAGCUUACUGAUUCUCUGACAAGCAAUGAACAUCUAUUGAAACUAAAUCUCAAGAGUAUCCCUUUUUCUACGGACGAGUUUGAGUAUUUCGCAGAGUCCUUGCCCAAGAUGAAAAGUCUCGAGUCCAUUUUAUUUGGAGAACUAGAUCAUACUUUGGCUAUUGCUCUCCUCAAUGGUAUGAAGGACAACGACACAUUGAAACAUGUGGAUGGUCCUUUGGGAAAUGAAAGCUGCUGGCGAAUGAUUGAUUUCUAUCUACGAUUGAAUCGCGGCGGAAGAAAAAGCCUGAAGCUGUUGCUCCCCUCAGUUUUGCUGCCAAGGAUGCUAUCAAGAUCGACAAACUAUCCAGAUGUCCUUUUUGAGAUUCUAAGGGAAAUUCAGUUGCAUGCAUAG